GAAAACUUCGUUGCAGAUCAGGAGGAGGAAUCCCGAGCUCGAAAAAGGUGGCGGCAGGGGAGGUGCAUGACGUCACUCGCAACGUCCACCAACUAAGCGCUUCCUCUGUUCGCGAACCACACAGCGGAUAUGACAACUCAGCCCAAUUGAUGCUCUGCUACGACUGGCUUUCACACACUCUUUGCUCUUAUGUAUACACAGAAAGAGAUCCAAGGAGGUUCGUGAACAUGUGCACUGUCAUGCAAGAAAAACUCCGGCCUUAAGAGAAGUUGUUUCGAAGAAGUGAAAUUCAAAUUGCAGAAUUUCAAAUAAGCUCAAUUUUUUUUAUUUCAGAUUUUAUUUUAAAAACAAUUAUCGUCUGCUGCUGAUAUUCUUUGUCAGAUUUUGAUUUAAAAAAAAAACAAUUAUCAUCUGCUGUUGAUAUUUUAUAUAUGAAUUUGAUUUAAAUUCAGUUAUCGUCUGCUGCUGAUAUUUUAUAUCAGAACUUUAUUAAAAAAACAAUAAUCGUUUGCUGCAUUUUUUUCCCAGUGAUAUUGCAAUUAUUUCUUUACAGAAAAUAAAAUCGUUAGAUGAAUUUCUUUUGAAAGAACUUAAUUUUUCCGAAAUUUUCAGAAGCAGAAGAAUUAAGAAGUGUGUAACAAACUUUUGACGGAGAAUUAAGAAAUAUAUUCAUUUCCAAGAACUUGAAAAUUCUUCGAUAUCUUCAGUGAAUAAUGAACUUUUGAAAAGUUUCGAUAACCGAAAAAUUUUGUGUUUGUAAUAGAGGAAUCUGUCUUUGAAAAAAGAACCAGGAGAAAAAUUGUGAAUUACAAAAAAAUUAUGUACUAAAGUUUUGACAAAAGCCCAUCAAACAGAAGCGAUGAGUGGCGGCCUGCGGCAAGGGUAGGGAGCAUGCAGAAGGCCCUCCUGCCCACCUCUUCCCAGAGCACCCCUGCCAAGAACCAUCUCACCCGAAUCUGCACAGAUGACGGAUACUGUUCUUCUGCCAGCACACCCAAAUCCUCAGGGCAGUUGACCGCCACGACGGAAAAAGAUCCGCUUAGCGAUGGGGUUCCCUGCACCACACUCCAAGGGGACCCAGAGGCUGAGGCCGCCCCCAAGGAUGAAAGACCGACGUGGGGUAAGAAAGCGGACUUCUUGCUCUCGAUCAUUGGGUUCGCCGUCGACCUCGCCAACGUUUGGAGGUUCCCCUACCUCUGCUACAGGAACGGAGGAGGUGUUUUCCUCAUUCCCUACAUCUUAAUGCUACUCUUCGGGGCCAUGCCACUUUUCUACAUGGAAUUGGUACUUGGCCAAUACAACAGACAGGGACCAAUCAGUGUCUGGAGAAUAUGUCCUCUUUUCAAAGGCGUGGGUUUCUGCGCUGUCCUGAUCUCGUGGUACGUGUCCUUCUACUACAACGUGAUCAUCGGCUGGACCAUCUACUUCAUGGUGUCUUCCAUGACGUCCGAGCUGCCAUGGAUCCGCUGCGGCAACGAGUGGAACACCGAGCACUGCUGGGGAGGGCACAACGACACCGUCAACAUUACCCACCUGCCCAACAACAGGACCAGCCCGGCCCUCGAGUUCUUCGAUCGAGGUGUAUUAGAACUUCAUCUGAGCAAAGGUUUCGACGACCUCGGGGCACCCAAGUGGCAGUUGGUGCUCUGCGUUUUCUCCGUCUUCGUCAUUCUUUACUUCGCUCUCUUCAAAGGAGUCAAGUCGUCAGGGAAGGUGGUAUGGGUUACCGCGACGGCUCCUUAUGUUAUCUUGACCAUCCUGCUGUUCCGGGGCGCUUUCCUCCCUGGUGCUGGUCAGGGCGUUAAGUAUUACCUCAGUCCGGACAUCUCUAAACUGCUUAAUUCUCAGGUGUGGGUAGAUGCCGCAGUACAAGUGUUUUUCUCAGUCGGAGUUGGAUUUGGUGUCCAUCUAACUUACGCAUCGUACAACAAUUUCCAUAACAAUUGCUACAGAGACUGCCUGUUGACCACUAUGGUGAACAGUUUCACGAGCUUCUACAGCGGCUUCGUGAUCUUCAUCUUCCUGGGGUACAUGGCGCACAAGCACAACGUGCCCAUCAACUCCGUUGCCACCGAUGGACACGGAUUGGUCUUCCAGGUCUAUCCCGAGGCCAUCGCCACGCUGCCCGGUGGGCAGUUUUGGGCGGUGCUUUUCUUCAUCAUGCUGCUUAGUCUGGGACUGGACAGUGCGAUGGGAGGUCUGGAGUCCGUGAUCACUGGACUGAUGGAUGAAUUCAAGGACUUCUUCGAUCGCAGGAAGUACAGUCGCGAGAUUUUCACCUCCUUCGUUCUCUUCACAUCUUUCUGUAUGACUCUCAUCAACGUCACCAGGGGAGGUGGUUACACCAUGCACUGGUUCGACAGUUAUGCUGCCAGUAUCUCCCUUCUCUUCUCUGCUCUACUGGAGGCCAUAGGAGUAGCAUGGCUGUACGGUAUAGGACGUUUCAGUGAGGACAUUGAAGAGAUGAUUGGUCAUAAACCGGGGAUCUUCUGGAGACUGUGUUGGAAGUUCAUUAGCCCGAUCUUCCUAAUAGCAGUGAUUUCGUCAGCCAUCAUCAACAACCCUCCCCUCCGUUAUCAAGACUACCUUUAUCCUGCGUGGGCUGUCGCCCUGGGAUGGGGCUUUGCUCUGUCCUCAGUCGCCAUGGUGCCAGCCGUUGCUUGCUACAAGCUCUGGAAGGCUCGAGGUUCCUGCGCCGAUAAAAUUGCGUAUACCAUAACGCCAAUUCCAGAAAGGAAAACUUACAAAGAAACUGGUACUGUCACAAGAUUCAAGUUGAAUCAUUGGACAAAUGUUUAGAGGUACCAUCUACGAUUUCAGUUUAAUCCCAGAAAAGGAAAAUUUUUUAUAGUCAGCAUGACCGCUCCAAGAUUCAGCGCGCGGUUCCAGCACAAAAUCAGCAGCAUACCAGUGCUCUGCCCACUAGAUAAUUUCAGCCAUAUUGCGAUCUGCUUUGAUUGUGUCUGUGCAAUUUUCUUUUCAAAUGAAUACUUUCACCUUCAAAGAAGAGAAAUUAAAACGUGAGAAGUUGACUAAAGAAACUUCUGGUUAAUGCUCGAUGCACAUUUACUGUUUAUUUUUUAUGACAAUAUAUAAAAGAGAUGGUAUUCAAGCGUUUAUCUAAAUGUCCAAACUUGCAAUUCAUACAUACUGGCAUGCAUACUCAAUGAAAUCAAAUAAGUGCCCAUCCUGCAAAAAAAGACAAGUGGACCAAAAACUAUUAUGAAAUAUAUAUAUUGCAAGUGGUGGCUUUUUUCCCUGUUCAAUACAAAAGUAUAGAGAACACCCGAGACAAAAAGAAAUAUAGCAUUAUUGUUGCAGAUAAAGACAAUUCAGAUCCUCAUUCAAAGAUUUCGAUUAACAAUAGCACAAUGAGUGUGCAAUUUUGUAUUUUGCAUAAAACUUAUAAAAGAUUAUUGAUGCCAGGAUAUUCAUGUUGGUUUGAAAAGAAAAGACAUGAAUACUUAUAAAACAUAAGUAAUAUCAGGACAUUCGUUUUGGUUAAAAAAGCAAAGACAGGAAUACUUAUCAAAGAUGAUUAGUACCAGGAUAUCCGUGUUGGUUUGAAUAGCAAAGACAGAAAUACUUAUCAACGAUGAUUGGUAUCACGACAUUCGUUUUGAUUUGAAUAGCAGAGAUAUGAAUACCUAUCAAGCAUGAGUGAUACCAGCACAUUCGUGUUCGAAAAGCAAAGGCAAGAAUACUUAUCAAAGAUGAGUGAUACCAGAAUAUUCAUGUUGGUUUGAAAAGCAAAGACAGGAAUACUUAUCAAAGAUGAUUAGUACCAGGAUAUCCGUGUUGGUUUGAAUAGCAAAGACAGAAAUACUUAUCAACGAUGAUUGGUAUCACGACAUUCGUUUUGAUUUGAAUAGCAGAGAUAGGAAUACCUAUCAAGCAUGAGUGAUACCAGCACAUUCGUGUUCGAAAAGCAAAGGCAAGAAUACUUAUCAAAGAUGAGUGAUACCAGAAUAUUCAUGUUGGUUUGAAAAGCAAAGACAGGAAUACUUAUCAAAGAUGAUUGGCAUCAGGACAUUCGUGUUGGUUUGAAAAGCAGAGAAAAAACUCUAGAUACCUGAAGAUGUUAAAGCAUAUCUUGAUUAUCAGUAAAUGCAGAUAUAACGCCCCGAAUGUUCUUUUAACCUAUGAUUAUCAUCAAAAAUUCUACAAAUGGAACUUCAUAUAAAAAUUUUGCUUCUGAAACACGUAUACAUUUGACAGUCUGUAACGCUAUGUGAAAUGUUUCGUUCGAAUAUGGUGAAGUGUAAAUUUUAUAUUUCAGAAAUUGUUGGUUUUGUAUCUUCAAAAAUUCAUGAGUGAAAUUUGUUCUCUUAGUUAUAAAUUGCGAACAUUUGUUUUAUGCAAUUCUAACUUAGGUGGUGUCUUCAUCUCUCAAAGCAGAACUUGCUAUUGCUACUUAUAAGAAUGUCGCACUGAACAGAAGUGACAGUUUCUUCAAGUGUUAUUCACAAACCAAACUUGUAACUUGUGGUGUUCUCAUCUUUCAAAGCAGGAUUCUAUUACUGCAACUCAGAAAGAAAUCAUAUUGAACUUUGCCAUUCCGUUACCAUUUCGAAUGAAAUAUCAUGGAUUGAAAAAAAAAAAUGCCCCAGAAUUUCUCUAUUUGACAUCCACCGCAGACCAUAAUCAGAAACAGUGGUUUUUAUUUAGGCAAAUUCUUUGGCAUUUUUAGGAGUGAACUGAAGAAAGUGUGCAACCUAGGACAGGCCAAUUGCAAAACAGACCAAUAAGAGAUUUACAAAUGAUUAACGUGCAUCAACAUUAGAUUCUAUAUGAAAGAGAAGUUGGUUGGAAUUAUUUCGGAUUGUCAAUUACUCUGUUAAAUGUUAUCAGAAUUUAGCUCUAUGUAUCGUUCUUAAAAUUUUUAGUGUAGUUAAAACUCUCAAUGUUGCUUCCAUUCUUGCGAAAUAAAAUCAACAGCAGAACGCGGAGAUCAUUAGCAGACAAUAAUUAAAUUUUCCAAUCAUUAAAUAUUACGCAUGUAAGCCUUAAUUUCAAUUUUGAAUUUAUGUUAAACACCUUUCGGCCAGAAAAUGAAAUUUAGAUAUCAUUUGCUUGGUGGUGUUGGAUGGCACAAUUUUGGUAAUUCUGACAGUGCUGACAUAUUUUGUCUGGAAUUUGUAUCUGAAAUUUCAUGCUUUGGCGAAAAUUGGCGAAAAUUAAAACAGUCACCGAGUAAUUUUUACAUGUCUUCUUUCCAAGUAAAAACAUUUCUUUAUCAUCCAAGUUUUUUUUUUAAUGUUCUAUUUGUGAAAUUAGCAUCUCUUUGCUUAUAACACAAAGUGGCACCGAAUUCCGUUGUUUCAUAUUUUAAAGGUGUAAAAUAAACACCAGUACAAAAGACAGUGUUAAAGGAAGAAAUGUUCAACAUUUUUAUUUCUUCUUCAAUCCACCUUUUACAAAGUGAUUGCGGGUUUCGACAUUUUCAUUUUAUUUUGGCAUAUCAUCUUAUUUAUGGGUCCGAUUUCUAAUAUGUUAAAGUUUUUGUAUUGAAAAUGCAAUCAAAAAUUAUCAUGUAACAUGCAUUUAUUCUAAA